CUUGUCAAGUUUCCCUAUUUAAAAAAACUAACCUAAAAACAAAAAUGUUAACAAGAAAUUAAAUUAUGGACAAAACUGACAAACAAAGAUUAGCACAAACAGCUGAUUUAUAUUUUUUGAUUAAGAAAUUUUUAACUGCUGGUCCUUUAAAGAAAACAUUACAAGUUUUAAAUGAAGAACUUGAGGAACAUAGGAUUUUACCCAAGAGAAUGGACUGGGAAGGAAAUGAACAUGAAAGAACAGUUGAGGAUAUGGAAAGACAAUUUCCGCAUAUUAAACCAGACUUUUUGUUACAACUUGCCUGCCAAGCUACUAAUACAUAUGGAACCUCCAUAGACAAAUCGAGUAUUACUUCUUUAUUAAGUGCUAAAUUUAAGGAUAUAAGUAAUAUUAAGAAUUUAAAUAAUUUUCGGCAAUAUCAAAAAUAUGUUUCAAGAUACCAUGGUGUUCCUGUACAUGAUAUUAAAUUAUCUUUUAAUAUUUUAAAUGGACUUAGAGGUAGGGAAAUAUCUGGGCCAUUUUCAAGACAACGGACAAUAAAUCCCUCAUUGUAUAGUGCUAUGCAAAUUCAAAGAACAACUUUGGGUCAUUUGUCAGCUGUGUAUUGUUUAUUAUUUGACUAUUCAGGGAAAUUCAUUAUAACAGGUGCAGAUGAUCUGUUAAUAAAAUUAUGGUCAGCAAACACAGGCAGAUUAAUAGCUGCAUUUAGAGGAGCUUCAUCAGAAAUAACUGACAUAGCAAUAAAUCUGGAAAAUAACAUGCUUGCCGCUGGUUCCAUUGAUCGAGUUUUAAGAGUAUGGAAUUUGCAGUCAGGGGCUCCAAUAGCUGUUUUGACUGGACAUACUGGCUCUAUAACCUCGGUAAAUUUUUGUCCCACCGCUUGUUGGGGUGUUAGAUAUUUAAUUAGUACCAGCUCUGAUGGAUCCAUUGCUUUUUGGACUUACGAACAUGAAAAUGGAAAGGUCAAUUUUAGAAACACUCCAAUUAUGUACCAAGAAAAAAUCCGACCUGGACAGGCGCAGAUGAUAUGUUCUUCGUUCAGUCCCGGCGGUACUUUUUUGGCUACAGGAUCUGCCGAUCAUCAUGUUCGUGUCUAUUAUAUGAAAGGGGACGAGGGCCCGAUUAGAAUUGUGGAAACCGAAGCGCACACAGAUCGCGUGGACUCAAUUCAAUGGGCGCACUCUGGCCUUAAAUUUCUUUCGGGCAGUAAAGACGGAACCGCAAUUAUUUGGAUGUUUGAGAGGCAACAAUGGAAAACUGUGUGUUUAAAUAUGACCAUGAAGUUAUCAACUUGUAAAAAGAGUUCUGAGGACUGUUCGAAAAAGUUAAAGGUUACAAUGGUGGCCUGGAAUUUAUAUGAUGAUUGGGUUAUAACAGCAGUCAGUGAUUAUUCUCUUAAAGUUUGGAGUUUGAAUGGAGAACUCGUUAAAGUUCUGACAGGACAUACUGAUGAAAUUUACGUAGUUGAGUCCCAUCCUCACGACACCAACGUCUUUUUAUCUGCAGGCCAUGAUGGCCAACUAUUCGUAUGGGACAUAAAUAAAGGCGAAAUAGUGUUUAGAUUUUUUAAUUCCAUCGAAAGUCAGGGUUAUGGUGCUAUUUUUGAUGCAAAAUGGAGUCCGGACGGACACGUAUUUUCAGCCUCCGACUCCCACGGUCACAUUCUCACUUUUGGUUUCGGAAACGGCAGUACCUUCUUUGAACAACUGCCCAAAGAGCUAUUUUUUCACACCGACUAUAGGCCGUUGGUCCGAGACGCCAAUCACUAUGUACUAGACGAACAGACACAAGUACCACCCCAUUUGAUGCCGCCUCCAUUCCUGGUGGACAUCGACGGUAAUCCGUAUCCGCCUAUGUUACAACGUUUGGUACCCGGACGAGAAAACUGCCGAACCGAGCAGCUAGUGCCAAACAUCGUCAUAGGAAAUGAAGGGACUCAAGAAGUCAUUCAAGAUUUCGAAAUACCUCCACAAGUUUUAGCAAAUGAGGAGGAAAAUCGUGGUAACGUAUCUGCAUUAAGAUUGGUUAGAAGAAGCAGGGACAUGGAAAGACUAAGAAAUAGCACAACAGGUGACUGGCAAUCUGAUCCCAAUAUAGAAUGGAAAAGAAAUAUUUUAAUACCCCCACUCAGACCGGCUUUAAUGCAAAAAUUUAAACAUUACAGGGAAUGCAUGAAAGACAAUGAAGUUGAAGAAUAUCAAAAACAAUUAAAAUUAAGACCGCACAUGAUAAGUACCGGUACUUCAAGCAAUAUAAAAUCUGCCGAUAAAAAGAAAAAUAAGAAAUAUCCAGUUAGAACUAAUAGAUCUGAGCAACCAGUUGAAGAACCGGGACCGCCGGAGCCCGUAACAUCCUCUGACAACGACGAGGAUUCUGAAUGCUCUGGAUAUUCGGAUUGGAUGGCUGAGGAAGGUGUUAAUCUCGAACCACCGAAACGUUCGAAACGUCGACAGAUUCACGUUAGCAUAUCCGAUAAAGAUAACGAUAAUGACGACGACGAUGACGAUGACAGAGAGAGUCUAAGACUGCCCAGCACCAGCACUGGCACUGGCACGCGAAAAAGAAGAGCUCGUGAAGCAAAAGAAAACCACAAAUUAAAUCGGGGAGAUGACGAGGAGGAUGACUUUGAAUCUGAACCACCUAGACCUUCCACAAGCACAAGUGUUCCAAAAAUAUCAAAAAAAACUACCGAACAAUACAGAUUAAGCGAAUGGUUAUCAGAAACGAUACCCAGAAAAUCCCCUUACUACCCCCAAAUGGGAGACGAGAUCGUUUAUUUCAUAGAAGGUCACCAGCUCUAUCUGAAUGCAGUUAGAAAUAAAAACGCUUAUGAAAUUAACACCAAAGAUUUGCCGUGGAACAAAAUGCCUAUUAGGGAUCACGAGUUCGUUAAAGUAAUUGGCAUUCAGUACGAAAUUAAGCCUCCUAGAUUGUGUUGCCUGAGGUUGGCCCUACUCGAUGAAGAAGCUCGUAUGACUGGAAAAAUAUUCACCGUAAAGUAUCACGAUAUGCCCGACGUUUUGGAUUUCUUCGUUCUCAAACAGACUUAUUGCACGGCCAUAUCAAGGAACUGGACAAUUGGUGACAAGUUUCGGUGUAUGAUUGAUGAUGGAUGGUGGAUAGGCGAAAUUAUCGACAAAUCACCGGCCUCCGAUUUAUUUCCAAACUCCUCAUUUUUGUGUUAUGGAAUUAAGUGGCAAAAUGGUGAACAAGAAAGAAUGUCCCCUUGGGAUUUCGAACCUAUUGAUGACAAUCGUAUGCCAACAAAUGAAAACGAAGCACUGCCAGUUAUGCAGGAGGAACUAGAUGCAAUCCUGUACAAACACGUGCCGGAAGACUGGUCCAAUAAUGACCAGGACGAAGUUUGCAAAUACAUUUUGGACGGUCUGACCAAAGUAAUGCAACUAGCGAUAGCCGAACCGUUUUUGGUUCCCGUAGAUUUAAGCAUAUAUCCGACCUACGCAAUGAUAAUAGAAUACCCCAUAGACUUGUCAACGAUUAAGGCUAGGUUCGAGAAUAAUUUUUACCGAAGACUCACUGCCGCCCAAUUUGAUAUUAGAUAUUUAGCUACUAAUGCAGAAAAAUUUAACGAACGACACAGCGUGAUCGUGAAAAGAGCCAGGAUAUUGACGGAACUCUGUCUCAGGAUUGUCAAAAAUUGCACUGGUUAUGUAGAUGUUCAAACCAUCUAUCAUCAGCUUGUGGAUACAUAUGACUCUUCAGAUACUGAAGAUGAAGUUGAAAUAACGCCAUCUAGCAGUAGAACGUUAAGAUCUCUUCCAAAUAGAACGUUAAAGGACUCUGGCGACUGGAAAAACGAAGCCAAAAAUUUGAUAGACGCCGUUUGGGAGGCUGAAGAUUCUAUACCUUUUAGAACACCAGUUAAUCUCCUUAAAUAUCCAGAUUAUAAACAAGUUAUUAAAAAUCCAAUGGACUUGGGUACUGUUAAAGACAACUUUUUGAAUGAUAGAUAUAACAUUCCUCAGGAGUUUAGCAAGGAUAUGAAGCUAAUUUUUCAGAAUUCAAGGACAUAUAACACCAAUAAAAGAUCAAGGAUUUAUGUUAUGACAGUAAGAUUGGCAGCAAUUUUUGAAGAACAUAUGUCAAAAAUUAUAGAAAAUUGGAAAAUAGCAAAGAAAAGAGAAAAACUGGAAACAGAUUUAAAUACAGGAGACGAAUCGUCUUCGUCAUCUUCAGGAUCUUCAAAAAGUGUCAAAUCAGAAAACCUUCCAUUGAUGCGAGGUCGGAAGAAAAUUGACACCUCAGGGGAAGGCAGUGAAAGCGAAGAUGUGCCCUUAGAAUCACUGAAAACUGCCAGCCGAAAUCAAACUGAAACGGACAGUACAAGUACAAGUCAAGAACCAGUAGCGGGACCAUACCAGGAAGAAAAAGGAGAGGAGGCUCCGGUAGAUAUUGAAGGUCAUUCUUCCAAUGCAUCGGAAGAUGAAUAUAAACCGGAAGCACCGGCACCUCGUCGAAAGCGGUAUAGAAGUUCAUCCGAGGAAGAGGAGGAAGAAGAAGAAUUCAUUCAGGAGGAAGAAAGCAGCGAAUCUGAUACGUAUACAAGAAGAAAAAGAACAGUUAGAAAAAGACCGGUAAGGAAAAAACCCAAUAACCAAAGUUCCGACGAUUACGAAGAUGAUUCCGAUGCAAGCGUUGAAGCGAAUCACCGAAGUAAAAGACAGCGGAAACCGACUUCUUCCGAAGAUGAUAGUGAUAGUGAUACAGCGGACAGUGAUAGUGAUGACGAAAAACCACUAAGGACAGUAAGAAAAAAUAAGACAAACGGAUAUUUUUCUACAGUUAGUAGUAGAGGCAGGGUUAGAAAAUUGACUCCCAGAGCUAUAGCUUUAAUGAAAAAAUAAUGUUUAAAUUUACUUAUUGCCUUUUUAUUUUAUCGUAUUUUUUUAGAGUUAUUGUAAUUUUAAUUUGUAGAAUUUGUAUUAUAAUAUUGUCAAUUUACAAUCUAUGUUUUUUAUUUAAUGUCUGAG